CCUCAUUCCUCUUGGCUCGACACUCGGCUUUCUCCUGUCAUUUGCAUUGUGGGUGGAGAAGGGGGCUGGCGCAGCAUCUCGGCGCAACAGUGCCAGCCGGAGCCUGUGUAGAAGAGAGACAGAGCGCAAUGCGUGAAUCUCGGCCAAGAAUUGGGAGACACUGGAAUCAUCGUUUCGGCCACCAUAUUUUGUCAUAUUAGUAAACUUAUUUUUUUCGUAUGAUUCCGAAAUGGAAGCUACGUUGCUAAAGCCGCAAAUGAUGGGGGACGUCAGUUGCAACAAUGGUGCAGUGAAUGCGGAGCUGGAGGUGAAAAAGCUGCAGGAGUUGGUCAGGAAACUGGAGAAGCAGAAUGAGCAACUGAGACACCGGGCCAACGCCGUCAGCAGCUGCACGGUGAGCCCGCAUAUGCUGCAGCCUUCGCCGGCCUGCUUGCUCGGCAGCCCGGGUGGCGGGGGAGUCGUGAGCCCCGUUUUCACGGCGAGUUACUGCAUUCCCAGCCCCGUACCGGCUCUGCUUUGCCCGACGGCUAUUGCAUCCUAUUGCCCUUCCGAGGAGCAGUUUCUCUUCUUCAGUCCGCAUCUUGCACCUGAAUGCAGCGGCUCCAGCGAGCCCACUCUUCUGGACGAAGUGGAAAUAUUAGACCUAAGUGACGGCGAGGAGGACGAGCAAACCUGGUUAUAUGUUUUACCAAAGUCAAAAUUUGCACCACAAAAGAGGAGCCUUAACCCUUUACAGUGGUGCAGGCAAGUGCUGGAUAACUUGCCAUCUGAUGUAGAAGCUGCCAAAAGAUCCCUCUGCUUGAGGCUUGAGCAAGCAAAUCGGUGGAGGAGUCUCUUUCCCAGUCCUGUAUCUCCAGGUUUUUCUUAUAGUCCUGCAUCAGGAAUCAACUCUUACAGCAGUGGUUUUCAGCCUUCCAGCCUCUUUAAAAGCUCUACUAAACAAAUGCUAAGUGAAAAAAGAGCACCGUUGUUUUCAACAAGUCAGUCGCCUCAUCCAUUAACAAGGAUUCCUUCAGGGAAGAAUGGUUCUGAUGGUGCUGCAGACUCCCCUUCCUCUCCCAAGUUGCAAACACUGAGAAGUUUUACAAGCAGAAAUCUUCCUAUUAGUCCACAGUCUUCAAUUGACAGUGAACUGAGCACUUCAGAGUUUGACGAUGAUUCGGUUGCUAUGGGUUAUAAACUGCAAGAUCUUACAGAUGUUCAAAUAAUGGCUCGGCUUCAGGAAGAAAGCCUUCGUCAGGACUAUGCUUCCACCUCUGCUUCUGUAGCACGGCGCAGUUCCAGCUUCUCUUCUUUUCAUCCCGUGAGGAAAGCAGGAAGCAGUGACCUUGAAUUUGAUCAGUGCAGUUUAGACGAUGAUGAAGAAUAUGAUCAUCUUCCACCUCCACAACCUAGGCUUACACGCUGUACUCCUCUUCAGAGAGGACUUUCACAUUCACAGACUUUUUCUAGUUUCCGAGACUGCAGAAGAAGUCCAAGUUCUCAGUAUGUUAAUACAUAUGGAACACAUCAGUAUUCCUCUCCACCUCCACCAGCUUACACUCCUGAAUCACAGCAGAGUUACAAAGCAAAUCCAGGAUCUCCAGCUUGGAUGCAAGCAGAUUAUGAGAAUAAACUUCGACGUAGCAUGCCAAAUCUAGCUCGGGUGCCAAGUACAACUACCCACACAAGCUCUCUGUCCACAGUAAGGAAUAGUCAAAGCUUUGACUCCAAUCUUCAGGGGGCCUCAACUGGUCCAUCGAGGCUUCAGUCUUCAAUUCCUUCUCCAGGUCAGCUGCAACACAGAAUCCACAGUGUAGGAAACUUCCCUCUAUCUCCUAAGCAGCCACUUAAAGCUACAGCCUAUGUUAGUCCAACAGUUCAAGGCACAACAGGAAUGUCUACUUCAGUGAGCCUGCAUUCUAUGUCCAGCAGUGGUAUUCCUCUUCCAAGCAAACCAGUGACACCAACUACUCCAGGACGCAGUGGCCUACCUAGACCAGCAUCAGCAGUUGGUGGAAGCAGUAUACCAAGAAGUAAAAUAGCACAACCGGUGCGAAGUUUACUUCAAGCACCGAAAACAUUAAGUACCCUUAGCUCUGUUCGAGAUGGCAGCUGGCGUGAUGGUUGUUACUGAUGCCGUUUCCAGUACAGAGGAUAUCUUGAUAAUGCCGAGUGUUCAGUGCCCAGCUGGCUGGGUAUUUACUCUACUGUACCACAAAGUGUUCUUCAGGUUGUGAGUAGAUUUGGGACCGGUUUCUAUAAUGAAUUCUGUUGAACUGAUGUAAAAACUCCACACUUAACUGUAUGCAGUGCAAUAAUGCCAAACCCACAGAUGCAGUUUGUUUGAUCUUUACAAGAACAGUAUUUUAGCCAAAAGAUUGUCAUUUUUAAACCAUUUACAGGGAGAACACAAGGUAAUAGUUGACUUAAGGUUUUUUUUAAAAAACUUGAUUUAGAGAAAAGAAUGUCUUUUUUUUUUUUUUAUAUAACUGAUCGGGGAAAAUUUUGUAAUGUGGUACCUCUUGUAAUAGUGCUUUUUAACCAUUUUGGGUUUCUUUCUGUAGUCUGCAUGUCUAUAUUUGGUUGUUACUUCAACACCUUGACACCUCAUGACUAUUCUUAUGUCUAAACUUUCUGUGAUAUUUACAAGUCACACGGAUUAUUUGUAUCCCAGUUUUUGCUCAAGGUAGCACUUACUUAGGUCAUAUUUUCUAGAGGUUACAGCACUUUGGGUUUGAAUUUAUUUUGAUGUACCUAAUCUGAAGUUAAAGUAGCAAUAUCUCACUUUUUCUUGUUUCACUUCAUUUCUAAUGUAUGUAUUUAAUGAAACAUUUAAUUUAUUUUGACAUUCAUCUCAGCACUGUUAAAGCGUAUUGCACUUGUCUUCUCAAAUGACUUGUAUUCUACAGUAAGAUGCAGCUUUUUUUAGAGUGAAAUAAAGUCAUUGUUUUAAUGUGAUUUAUUAAUGUGUCUGGAAUGAGCAAGUUUUAAGAACAAUAAACUUUUUUUAAUUAUAAAGA